GUGAAGGAAUGGAAUGAUUGAUUUUCCGUUUUAACCGCAUCAAUUUCUUUCUUUCAUCUUUCUACCUCGCCCAAACCCUAACCAAAUUCUCUCUGUUCCGUUUCUCGCUCUCAAUCAGGAAAGAGACUUAAGAAUGUCUGUCUAUCUAUAUGGUUAUAAAACCAUGAGUUGUGUCAUGCAAAGUCUUCGUAGAGUGUCCAUCCAGCAGUCUUUUUGUUAGGAAACCAGCCCAAUAUGAUGUGAACUUGGAUUUUCAUCCAGCCAAGACAAUAUGGGUGUGUGUUGAUUGGUUCAUUGCAUAUAGACGAAAUGCCACUAUUUUGGGUUUGCUUCAUGUUCUUAAGAGACCUUCGUGAAUUAUUCCACCCGGAUCAGGCAGUAUUAAAUGCUGAGAAACAAACCCGAGGAAGUUCAUAAUUGAAGUGAUCCAGUAAGAAGUCAAAUAUCACUAAAAUUUUCUGGAAGGGUCGCAGUAGGAAACCAGCUUCUUUCAAUUCAAGUCCAAAAUGUCGGAACAACAUUUAAAGUUAAGCAAGAAAAUAUUGAAGAGUCAGGAGCUAAAUAAAACAUCCCCUAGCUCUAGAGAACAUCCUUCAAGAAAGCACCAUAGAAAGGGGGGAAAUCCUCUCCGAAUACCACCGCCUACCAACCAAGGUGUCAAUUUUAAGUGCCCACAGUCAUGGAUCUGCAGGAAUUCUGCAUGUCUAGCAAGUAUUUCAAUGGAUGAAAAAUUCUGCAAGAGUUGCUCUUGCUGUAUCUGUCACUUGUUUGAUGAUAAUAAGGAUCCAAGUCUUUGGUUGGAAUGCAUACCAGUGCCUGGUGAAGGGGAAUCCUGUGGCUUAACUUGCCACAUUGAGUGUGCCCUCAAACAAGGGAAGGUGGGCGUUGUUGAUCUUGGACAGCUAAUGCAGCUAGAUGGGAGCUACUGCUGUGCUUUUUGUGGUAACGUUUCAGAAAUAUUAGGUAUUUGGAAGCAGCAACUUUCUAUAGCAAAAGAUGCUCAUCGGGCUGAUAUCCUCUGCUUUAGAAUAUACUUGAGCUACAGGCUCCUAGAUGGGACUUCAAGAUUUCAUGAGCUACACAAUAUUGUUAAAGAGGCUAAGACAAUACUAGAAAAAGAGGUGGGUCCUUUGAAUGGCAUUUCUUCCAUGAUGGCUCGAGGCGUUGUUAGUAGACUUACUGUUUCCGGUGCUGUGCAAUCUCUCUGCUCUCUUGCCAUUGCAAAAGCUGAUGACUGGCUUGCCAAAAAACAUAGUUCUGUGCCUAAUUAUAAAGAAGGUUCGAUGCUGGCAGCCUGCAAAUUUUUUUUUGAAGAAGUGACAGUUUCUUCUGUUGUAAUUGUAUUGUUAGACCUACUGACUGCAUCAUCAGUAGAUGUGAGAGGUCACAAACUCUGGUACUGUAGGGCUGGAGUAGACACUUACCGCAAAGACCCAAAUUGUGUCAUUCCGAAAAGCCAAAAAAGCAUUUUGAUAUCUAAUUUGCAUUCUUCCACUGAGUACUGCUUUAGGAUUGUGUCCUACACAGAGUCUGGCGACUUGGGACACACUGAGGCCAAUUGUUUCACAAAGAGUGUUGAGAUAAGUCAUAGUAAUCUGAGCUCUGUUGCUGGAAACCACUCGGAAGAGAAUACUGUAGAAGAAGACCAUAGUAACCCUUCUUCUUGCCAGCUUGACUUGAAUGUUGCUAUAAUUCCUGAUUUGAAUGAAGAGUUGAGCCAGUUAAUAACCCCUGCAUCAUCUCGAGAUCAACCAACCGCUGAUUUAGUGGAAGAUGCAGUUUCUAAGGACAAUGAUGGGAAUUGCAUUUCUCGGCAAGAAUGGGCCCACCCUGGGGAGAGUAGGAAGAGGGCUGGGAGCACCAACUGUGAAGCACAUGACUCCGACAGUGUACUGGUAAGCAGUGGGUCUCCAAUCCGGGUACCCAAUAACAGUUCUUCUGGGCUGUUGGACGAGAACUUUGAGCACUGUGUGAAAACCGUUCGUUGGCUGGAAUGCGAGGGUCACGUUAAGAAUGAGUUCAGGUUAAAGUUCCUUUCUUGGUUUAGCUUGAGAUCAACAGAGCGAGAACGCAGGGUUGUCAAUACCUAUAUUCAGACUCUAAUUGAUGAUCCAAGUAGCUUAGCUGGACAGUUAGUCCAUUCUUUUUCAGAAAUCAUUUCCAGCAAAAGGGCUAAGGGAGAUUUCUGCAGCAGGCUCUGGCAAUAAAAUUGCUCAAGAAUACAUGCAAUAUUUUUUAAAUGAUACAUUGAGUUCAUACAUCUAGUACAAGUGGGUCGAGCUAAAAAACUCCGGGAUUUUUCAGGCGAAAUUGUGACCGUCUCCAACCGGAGAGUAAUGAUUCAAGAAGAUUGAAGUUACACUAGCAUUAUUUUAUUGUUUACAAAAAUGAUGUUUGCUUCAGUAGCAGGCAAAGAUAAUUCUAUUUAGCAAUGUGGACAUAGUUUUGUGGCCAAAUAGUAGCAGCCUUGCAAUAUUUUGAUGGUUGUGCUUACCUCUUAGUUCAGAAUCU